GCCUUGCUGUUCUCGGCCAUUCAUCUUUGCGUUGCAUCUCGUCUCUUCAUCGUUGCCUUGCAUCUCGUCUCCUAUCUGGUGCAAACAACAGAUUAAACCAUCAACGUCCAAAAGAUAUGUGAUCAAUGCGUCAUUCUUUCUGUAUCUGAUUAUGUAUAGUAGAUAAGUUGAUGAAUCAUGGUUAUAUCAGUCAGAACUUGUAUUGGGAGAUUGUAUACAACCUCAUGCAUUGCUUAUGCUCAAAUAGUCAAAUCUCCAUCACUUCAAGAAAUGCGCAAUGCCACUCGGUUCGACAUGCUCGAAGUCAACUCUAAGCUUAAGGAGCUUGUGAAAUCAGGCAGGUUGAGUGACGCCCGCCAAAUGUUUGAUAAAUUACCUCAUAGAGAUGAAGUCACAUGGACCAUCAUGAUUUCUGGGUAUGUGAAGGCCUUACAUUCAUCUGAGGCUUUGUCUCUGUUUUCCAACUUGUGGGUCGAUCCUACUCAACGAAUGGAUCCUUUCUUACUUAGUCUAGCAUUCAAGGCAUGUUCUCUCAGUUUCAGUGUUAAACAAGGGGAAUCAUUUCAUGGGUAUUGUAUAAAAACUGAUUUUGUGAGUUCUGUUUUUGUGGGCAGUGCUCUUUUGGACAUGUAUAUGAAAACUGGGAACGUUUAUAAAGGUUGUAGAGUAUUUGAUGAGAUGCCAAUAAGGAAUGUGGUUUCUUGGACUGCGAUUAUAACUGGCUUGGUGCAUGGUGGUUUUAACAUGGAGGGAAUGUCUUAUUUUGCUAAUUUAUGUAGAGAUGGCAUGACAUAUGAUUCGUACACCUUGGCUAUUGCAUUGAAGGCAUGUGCUGAUGCUUGUUUGUUACGUAAGGGCAAGGAAAUUCAUACCCAAACAUUGAAGAAAGGUUUUGAUACAACUUCAUUCGUGGCUAAUACUCUUACUACCAUGUACAACAAGUGUGGGAAGGGAGAAUAUGCCUUGUACUUGUUUGAGAAAAUGAGGACAAAAGACGUCGUCUCCUGGACAACAAUUAUCACAACAUAUGUUCAAACCAGUCAAGAGCAGCAGGCGAUCCACGCCUUUUUUCGUAUGCGAGAAUCAGAGGUAAGUCCUAAUGAGUUCACUCUUGCAGCAAUCAUCUCUGGUUGUGCAAAUAUUGUAAGAAUCGAUUUGGGUCAACAAUUUCAUGCUUAUGUUUUACAUACAUGUCUCUUUGGUUGUAUGUCAGUGGCUAAUUCAAUCAUGACGAUGUAUUCGAAAUGUGGGAAGUUAGACUUAUCCUCGGUAGUUUUUGAGGAGAUGACUCGAAGAGACGUUGUUUCAUGGAGCACUAUAAUUGGGGGGUAUGCUCAAGGAGGUUUUGGGGAGGAAGCUUUUCAAUACCUCUCGUUGAUGAGAACUGAAGGGCCAAAGCCGACUGAGUUUGCAUUUGCUAGUGUGCUGAGCGUGUGUGGAACUAUGGCAAUUCUUGAGCAAGGUAAGCAGCUUCACGCUCAUUGCCUGUGUAUUGGUCUAGAUCAUACGAGUAUGGUACGAAGCAGUUUGAUCAAUAUGUACUCAAAAUGUGGGAGCAUACCAGAAGCUUUCAAGAUAUUUAAAGAGGCUGAACAUAAUGAUAUUGUUUCAUGGACAGCGAUGAUUAAUGGAUAUGCUGAACAUGGAUUGAGUCAACAAGCUAUAGAUCUGUUCGAGAGGCUUAUUGAGGUUGGUCUAAGGCCAGACACAGUGACCUUCAUUGGUGUUCUUACCGCUUGUAGCCAUGCUGGUCUGGUUGAUACUGGUUUUUGCUAUUUCAACCAGAUCACAAAGUACGGGCUUGGCUUAUCUAAAGAACAUUAUGGUUGUAUGAUCGAUCUCCUUUGCAGAGCUGGGCGAUUGCGUGAAGCUGAGAACAUGAUAACUAACAUGCCAUAUAGUGGUGAUGACGUUGUCUGGUCAACUGUGCUUAGAGCUUGUAGAUUACAUGGAGAUGUUGAAUUUGGAAGGCAUGCCGCAGACAAAAUUCUUGAAAUGGAUCCGAAUUGCUCAUCGACACACAUCACGUUGGCAAAUUUGUAUUCUGCUAAAGGUAAAUGGAGAGAAUCUGCGGAGCAGGAGAUCAUUCACAUCCUCAAUGGGAAGAUAUAUAUUGCAUAUUGGGGUUAUUGUCUUCAAAAGGGGAAAUGCUUGUUGGUGGAAAAGAUAUGUUACCAUACAACAUAGAUGAAGUUGAGGAGGAAUUUUGGUACUCAGAUAGGUGAAUUUGAAGCAACCAAUAGGCUUACCGUUUAACGAGCAGAAAAGCAUGUCAGUUUAAGUCAUGGAAACAAUAUUUCUAUGAGGUAGCACGAUGGAUCAACAAGUUGGGCACCGGCGGGAUCUCAACUAAAUAGGCUAAGUGGAAGGGAGUUCGAUUGGGGGGCCUUGGGGCUGUUGGCUUCUGCCAAAACAGCAGCAAAUGAUUAACAGCAACGAGAAACAGAGGAUACAUCAACAGCAAAAGAUCAAGCGUGAAAGAGGCUGGCGACAUUUUCUGUUGACCCACAAAUUUGGGAUGGGUGAUGGGACCAAUUUUACUUUAUUCAUGGCUCUCUGCUUGUUCCUGGUUUUGGAAAAUUUGUUGUUGAAACCCUCUCACAAGCAUGGUGCAGGAAGGAAUGAGAGAUUUGGGCACAGUUCCAAGCAUUGUCAAGUCUUGGAAGACUACAAGAUGUAUGGAAGGGCUGAAUUGGACAAUGAUCAAGUAACCACCAUCUUUUAGUGCAGAAUUUGUCAAAGACAGGUACCAACAAUGGUUAUGCAACUUGAUUGCAAAUUUUGCAGGUCAUUUCCUCCAAUGUUGAUGAUGACCUUGAAUAUGGGCAGAAAAUGAAUGGUAGUGUUGAAACUGCUCUUAAUACUGUUGUGUAUACUAAACCAUUAUGUUCUGAAACUACAGAGAUAAGAUAUAGGGAACAGUAUUGUUGAAGUUUGAGUGAAGGAUGAAGACAGAUGGUAAUGCCAAAGAAAGGUAAUAUGAGAUUGACAGUUAUGGGAGGUACAAAUGCACCAAAUCUUCAAUCCUCUCUUCCCAGUAGAUUUGGAAAUAAUACAUUUU